AUGCACGAGCAAGUCCGAAUCCUGGCGAUGUAUCUCGAGACGGAGCGGGAAUCUGUACAAACAGCAAGAAGGGCAAACGUUGAUCUGGAGGAGCGCUUGCGAGCCGCGACAACACGCCUGGAAGAGUAUGAGCGCCAAAUACCACACCGAAUUGAAAUGGCUGGGCUGAGCGCGAGCUUGAAGACGUCAGAGAAGAUGUACCGCAUACUCGCGAGCGAGAGAGGUCGUGAUAGUGGCGAGAUUGUGGCUCGGACCGCCGCCUGGCUGGGAAAGCAGCCUGAAGUGCCACAAGCUCCUUAUGAUGCUCUUAGGGGUUGGCCUCCCAGCGCCACGUCUCUGGGACAGCAGCCGGAGGUACCACAAGCUUCUCAUGAAGCCCGCCGAGUCUUACCUCCGAGUGCCACGACUCUGGGAAAGCAGCCGGAAGUGCCACAAACUCCUUACGAUGCUCGUGGGGUUUUGCCUCCCGGCGCGACAUAUUCGGGAAAUCAGCCAGAAAUACCACAAACACACUAUGAUACUCGUGGGUUGCUGCCUCCUGACGCGACAUAUCUGGGAAAUCAGCCUGGGGUGCAUCAAACUUCCUAUGAUGCUCGCGGGGGUACGCAUCCCAGCGCCAAAUCUCUGGGAAAGCAGCCUGUGAUGCAGCAAACUCCUCACGCGAGCUCUUCUGCACAUUCAACCUUUCGGAACUUCUUCUCCGAGAUGGGCCCGCCGAACUCGCAACAGAAUACAAACCCAAACCUCAUUGCAGCACAGGGCCUGGCUCAACUUCAGCAAGGACCCUCGACCUCACAAGAGCACCCAUCGGCCGACAGCCAGCACGCGCGAACUUCUUCCCUUGAAGACCAUUCCUCCCAACCAAGUGCCUCCAAGCGUCCUCCCUCGGGCACAUUCCUCAUCAACAACCCGCACACAGUCGACCCCAUCCUGGGCAUCCAUCUCGGGUUCGACAAAAGAGGCAGAAUCAUUCUAAGCCGACAAGAGGACAUCCCACGACUCACUUUCCAAAUGGCGCGCCACGACACCCUGCAGCCCAUCAUGGACGCAGCACGCGAAAACUCCUUUCACCAAGGCGUCAAAGCCGCCGGCAGGGACUACCACUGCGCAUUGACGGGCUUCCACCUUCUGCCCACGUUCUGGACUAAGGUUGCUGAGAGGCAGCUCGCGUGCAAGGAUUGCUCGAAGAAUCGCCGCACGUGCAUUACGUGGGACCCCGAGAGAGCGGCGUGGGCGUUGCUCCCGCUACAUCCGUAUCUGCGCGCUUCGGGUUUAAAGUCGGAUGACCCUUUGUUUUUCGUCGCUGGGAAGACGCUCGAUCCGCGUGGGCGGACGGAAGAGCUUUGGUCGGAUGAAGCCGCUCGCAGAGCGACUAGGACGGUCUCGUAGGGAACGUGAUAGCUUCUGACCGGGCAGUCUGAUGGGAAGAGACGAGGAAAUCCGCACAGCGCCAUGCCUGUCGUUCAGUAUUGGACCCUAGCUACGUGACAUCGAUG